AUGAAGAAGUUUGUAGCCGUAAUCACAGUUUACGGUCACGAAGAAAGAGCGAUAUGUUGGUACAGCGAAAAAGAAGUUUUGCCAAAUGUCGAAGGAGUAACCGUUGGUACACAAGAGUAUUGGGCGAAUAGAAUAAAAGUACACAAUCGCGACAUUCAUCAUGCACUUUGUGCUGAUUUGGUGGAACACGUUUAUAGGACUCAUAUUCAACCUCCGAUAGAGUUUUCUCAUGAUGACUUGUUUGACGAAUCAGACGAGGAUUCUUAUAUGUUCGUCGAGAGCGAAGAUUCCGAUGACAAGAGUGAUGCUCAAGAGAAUAAUGAGGACGAUGAGGUCGAUGAUGAGGAUGAUGAUUCCGAGUGA